GUUCUGAUACCGAGAGGCACACAAUGGAACGGAUGGCGUGCGGGAUAUUUGGCGGGGACACGGAAAAUAUGGCCUGUUUUGGUAACAGACUUCCAUUUCAUAAGCCCGCCGCCUGGUAACCACGAUUUAAAUAUCAGACAAGCCGUGGAAAUGGGGAAAAACCAUUUCGCAUUUCUUUUAAAUCCAUAAUGGCACAGAAUCAAUCAGACUUAUACCUUGGCUUGGAUCUAUCAACGCAACAGCUGAAGUACACUGUCAUAAACCAUGAUCACGAUAUCAUUGCUGAGGCUGCAGUCCAUUUUGACAGAGACCUUCCCGAGUUUCAUACCACUAACGGAGCUAUAGCUGAAGGAGACGUGGUCACUUCUCCAACAUUGAUGUGGGUCAAAGCUAUAGACAUAUUGCUCGAGAGGCUCUCAAAGAACACGGAUAUCAAGAUAGAAAACAUCAAAGGCAUUUCAGGAGCUGGUCAGCAACACGGAAGUGUAUACUGGAACAAGGAGGGACUGGAGACUCUUGCUUCUCUUGACGUGUCAAGGACUUUAGAAGAUCAGCUCCAAGGAGCUUUCUCUGUUAAACAAUCACCAAUAUGGCAGGAUGCCAGUACUACAUCACAAUGCAGAAGCUUGGAGAAUUUGGUGGGCGGCCCACAAGGUUUGGCGGAUUUGACUGGCUCAAAGGGCUAUGAACGCUUUACAGGAAAUCAGAUUGCAAAACUCUACGAACAAAACCCAUCUGCUUAUGACGCCACAGCACGUAUUUCGCUCGUGAGCUCUUUCAUUGCCAGUGUACUGCUCGGUCAACUUGCCCCAGUUGAUGUAGCUGAUGGCUCAGGCAUGAACAUGAUGGAUAUUCACACUCAUAAAUGGAUUCCUUCCAUUUUGGAACACUGUGGUGGCAAAGACUUGCAAAAGAAGUUGGAGUCAGAGCCAGUAGAAGGAGGCACCAAUUUAGGCGCGAUCAAUUCAUAUUUCGUUACCAGAUAUGGAUUUUCAUCAGAAUGUACUAUUGCACCUUUUACCGGAGAUAACCCCGCUACACUAGUGUCAAUGAAUCUGGAGCAAGGAGACUGCGUCGUUUCACUUGGUACCUCUGACACUAUGCUCAUGUAUCUACCAGAAGCAAAUCCAACCACCGAGUCACACUUAAUGUCGCACCCUACCAACCCGGAAGCAUAUAUGGGUAUGCUUUGUUACAAGAACGGCUCGCUUACGCGAGAGAAAAUUCGCGAUGAGUAUGCUGAAGGUGAUUGGACAACCUUCAAUAACCUUCUUCAUCAAGCUCCGCCCGGCCUAUCCAACGGAUGCAACAGACGCGGUUAUUACUAUUAUAUGCAAGAAAUUAUUCCUUUUGCGAAAGGCUUCCACAGAUUUGAAAAUGACAUAGCAGUAGACGAAUUCACCGGAACCAAGGAGGAAGUGGCAUCUUACAACGUGAGAGCUAUUGUGGAGUCGCAGUUCUUGUCGAUGAAAGUCCGUACUUCCCGAAUGUUGGAUACUCACGGCAAGUCAUCUGACGCAAGUCACCUUAAACGUAUCCUAGCAACUGGAGGAGCAGCAUCCAACCCCAACCUUCUCCAAGUGCUUUCCAACGUGUUCAACAUUCCAGUGUAUAAAAAGCAGGGUAUGAAUAGUGCUAGUCUUGGUGGAGCCUUACUGGCCAAGUUUGCAGUUCGACGGCUGCACGGUUAUUCUGGUACUUUUGAGCAGAUGAUGGAGGAUGAGCAACGUGACAAGGUGGCUCACCAAUUGGUGGCAGAGCCUCAAGCGGAAUAUACUGAAGUGUAUAACGAUUUAGUAGAAGGUUUUGUCAGACUAGAGCAGGUUGUUAUUGCAAAUACUCAAUAAAGAACAACAAAUAAAUCUGCUGAGGUACGUAACCACGACCAA